ACAAAAAUACGUAAUGUCUUGGUUAUUGGGAAGAAACAGGCCCCAACAGCCCCAAGAUUUGCCACCCAGUGAUGGGGGAAAUCCUGAUGGUGAAACUGCCGGCGAACGGUCUGGGGAUGCACAAUUGACAAAGGCUGAGCGUAAGGCAAUGGAAGCUUAUCGUUUCGAUUCGUCAGCCUUGGAGAGGGCUGCUGAGGCGGCACGAACUUUGGAAAGGUCAAAACAUGCCCGCGAAGCUUUGGAAUUAUCCAAACUGCAGGAACUUACCCGUCAACAGGAAUAUCAACAAAAGGUUAAGGAGUAUGAGGCCCAUAUUGAACAGGCUAAGGUUGAGCAGAGGCGUAUCGAUCAUGAGGAAAGAAGGAAAACUUUGAUUGAAGAGACCAAGCAACAACAACAACGUGCCCAAUACCAAGAUCAAUUGGCCCGUAAACGUUAUGAAGAUCAAUUGGCCCAACAACAACGUGUCCAGGAGGAGAACUUGAGAAAGCAAGAAGAAAGCGUUGCCCGCCAGGAAGCUAUGCGUCGCCAGACCAUCGAACAUGAAAUUGAAAUGAAGGAAAAGAACCGCCUGAAACUUCUUGAACAUGAAAUGAGAGUUAAGGCCAAGGUGGAUCGCGAAAAUCGUGAUAUCAAUUUGGAACAGAUUCGUUUGAAGGCCCAAGAACAACGUACAACUAUUUUGGAGGGUAUCAAGACUGCCGGUACAGUCAUUGGUACUGGUGUUGAAGCCAUGCUAACAGAUUGGGAUAAGGUUUUGACCGCAGCCGGAGGCCUCUCAUUGUUGGCUCUUGGUGUUUAUGCCGCCAAGGGUGCCACAGGUGUGACAUCACGUUACAUUGAAUCUCGCAUUGGCAAGCCAACCUUGGUAGGAGAAACAUCCCGUUUUGCCAUUUUGGAUGCUGUACAACAUCCCAUUAAAUAUGUCAAGAAACUUAAAUCGAAGCCGGCAGAUGCCUUGCAAGGUGUUGUUCUGAACCCUAAGCUAGAGGAACGUUUGAGAGAUGUGGCUAUUGCCACGAAAAAUACUCGCAUUAAUCGCGGUAUGUAUCGUAAUAUCCUGAUGCAUGGUCCCCCCGGUACUGGUAAGACUAUGUUUGCCAAAAAACUUGCCGAACAUUCCGGUAUGGAUUAUGCUAUCAUGACUGGUGGCGAUGUUGCUCCCAUGGGCAAGGAAGCCGUUACUGCUAUACACAAGGUGUUCGAUUGGUCUCAGACCAGCCGUCGCGGUUUGCUGUUGUUCGUGGACGAAGCUGAUGCCUUCUUGCGUAAACGUUCCUCGGAACAUAUUUCGGAAGAUUUGAGAGCUGCUCUUAAUGCCUUCCUGUAUCGUACAUCUGAACAAAAUUCCAAAUUUAUGUUGGUAUUGGCUUCGAACACACCCGAACAAUUCGAUUAUGCCAUUAACGAUCGUUUGGAUGAGAUGGUGGAAUUCACCCUACCCGGUUUGGAGGAACGUGAACGUCUGUUGCGUCUGUAUUUCGAUAAAUAUGUUUUGCAACCAGCAGCCGAAGGAGCCAAGCGCUUCAAAUUGGAGCAAUUCGAUUAUGGUGCAGCUUGUUCGAAAAUGGCUAAAAUGUGCGAGGGCAUGUCUGGUCGUGAAAUUUCCAAAUUGGGUGUAUCCUGGCAGGCUGCUGUAUACGCCUCCGAAGAUGGUGUUUUGACCGAGAAGAUGGUUUUGGAUAGAGCGGAAGCCGCUGCCCAACAACACAAACAGAAGAUGGCCUGGUUAUCGGAACAAGAACGUUUAGAUCAUAAAUCUAUCACAGGUGGAAAGACGAAUUAGAGUUAAGUUGAGAUCUUCAUUCAUUUACUACUAUUUAGUUAGUACUAUAUCACUAACAUUACAACAA